GCUGUGGGCGGUUCACUUUGACGUUUAUGAGUUAACCGGUGUCACGCGGUAGUAUUGUGACUGGCUGUUUACUCUCAGAGCCGAUUGCUAAACUUCAUAUCGUCAGACUUUUAGAAAUUUUAAGAUAAUAUUUUUAAUAACAUGUAUCCCGAGGACAUUGGUAAACACGUCGCGGGCUGAACAGCUAAAUGUGGAGCAGAGCUAAGUGUACAAGAACGGUUUGGAUUUUGGUCAGCUGACCACCUCUUGAGAAACGGGAAUAUCAGGCCAUGGCUGGCAGAGAUGUAAACGAGAGCACUCCUCUUUUGGACAACUCUGUGGCUUCAGCCAGAUCAGAGUCAGUGUUCAAUGGCAGGAGACUGGCAUGUGCUGCCAUCCUGCUGGCUGAGUCUUUAGAGAGAAUGGCUUUCUAUGGGAUCACCUCAAACCUGGUGCUCUUCCUCAACGGCAGCCCCUUCUAUUGGGAGGGCACUUUGGCCAGCCAGGCCCCCUUGAUUUUCAUGGGAGUCACUUAUUUGAUAUCGCCCUUUGGUGGCUGGCUGGCAGAUGCGUUCCUUGGCAAGUUCUUAACCAUAGCCUUGAGUUUAGUCCUUUAUCUGUUAGGGAUGCUGCUUUUCCCCUUUGUGGCCAGCGAUAAAACCAGGAAUUAUCUGUGUGGAGAAGAGAUGGCGUUCCCAGUGCAGCCUGCAGAAUGUUUUCCUGAAAACGGGACAGUGCCCGCCAAUGUGACCUGCGUCAAUCGGACGUCAUACUGCGGGCCUGCGAUCUACAGUGGUCUGGUGCUGGUGGCCAUUGGUGUGGGAGCUGUGAAGUCUAACAUCACUCCAUUCGGGGCAGAUCAGGUGAAGGAUCGAGGUCCGGAGGCAACACGGCGGUUCUUUAACUGGUUCUACUGGUGCAUUAAUCUGGGAGCGAUCUUCUCACUGGGUGGAGUAGCUUAUAUUCAGCAGAACAUUAGCUUCUCUAUUGGCUACAUCAUCCCUGCCGUCUGCCUCGGGGUGUCCCUCAUCAUCUUUAUUCUGGGCAGAGCGGUUUUUAUUUCCAAGACUGCAGACGGCAGCGCCUUCAGCGACAUGUUUCGGAUCCUGGCCUCGGCCCUCUGUGGACGUGGGCCAAAGGAACCCAGUCUGCUCAGGCCAAAGCCAACUCUACUGGAUGGUGCUAAGGUGACGUACGGUGGGCGAUUUUCAGAGGAGAAGGUGGAGGAAGUGAAAGCGCUGGUCAAAAUACUUCCUGUUUUCCUGGCCCUCAUUCCGUACUGGAUGGUCUAUUUUCAGAUGCAGACCACAUAUUAUCUCCAGAGUCUCCAUCUGACAAUUCCUGGAGCCGAUCCCAACUCCACAGACUCCCACCCGCAAACCUUCCGCUUCCCGGCGGCUUGGCUAACCAUGUUUGAUGCCGUGCUGAUCCUCAUGUUGAUCCCCCUCAAGGAUAAAGUGGUAGACCCCAUCCUCAAACGCAAAGGCCUGCUGCCCUCCUCUCUAAAGAGAAUCGCUGUGGGCAUGUUCUUUGUCAUGUGCUCGGCAGUGGCGGCUGGCAUUUUAGAGACAAAGAGGCUGGAUAUCAUCCGCACACGAGAUCCCAUCCCGCAGUCACUCGGUGGAGUUAUAUACUAUGCAGCCGAUCUACCCAUAUGGUGGCAAGUGCCUCAAUAUGUCCUCAUUGGUGUCAGCGAAAUCUUUGCUAGUAUUGCAGGUCUGGAGUUCGCCUACUCUGCAGCCCCGCGCUCCAUGCAGAGCGCUAUAAUGGGCCUGUUCUUCUUCUUCUCCGGCAUCGGCUCCUUUGUGGGAUCUGGACUUCUUGCUAUCGUCUCUCUCAAAGCCAUCGGCUGGAUGUCCUCGCAUAAAGACUUCGGCAACAUCAACGGGUGCACACUGAAUUACUACUUCUUCCUCCUGGCCGGCAUUCAGGGAGUCACACUCCUCGUCUUCCUCAUUGUGUCUGUGAAGUAUGACAAACAGAAGCCCAGAGCAGGGAGCCACAGGCCGUCUCUGACCAACUCAUGACCCCCAUCAUCAUCAGCCAUACUGUCACCUUCACCAUUCCUCAACCUCCAAACCAUGUGCCAAACUUUAAGCCUCUUAGUAUUUCGAAAAAUGAGGUAGGAUUUUAAAAUAUUUGACUCAAAACUUGAAGCCCCCUGUGUUUACUACAACUGGCCAUCCUGAGAAAAUUUGAAGGAAAACGAAACACAAAACUUAUGCAAUAAUCAACUAAAAUAUUUUGUAUGAAAUGGUUGAAAAUGAGGAUUGUUCACUCCAUCAGCGAACUGGUUUAUAAAAAUGCUGGUUUAUUGUAGUGUGUAGUUUGAGCAACACUUAUUCACAAUUUGGGAUUUUUGUUGUUUUGACUGUCAACAAUAUUACUUAAUUCAUUUAUAAAUUGAAGGUGGAUUUUAGAUUGUUUACGACGGGUUGUACAACUAUUUGCCAAUUUAAAUUGAAUAUUUAUUGAACCUUUUAUUUUUUUAUAGUUUAUGCUCAACAAGGUUAGACUGUACUCCUGUUCAAAUUUAUUUAAAAUGGUCUCUUUUUGUGGUAACUUUUUAAAAACAAUUUUAACGAGAAAAAAAAGGCACAAUUUGUAGUGCAUGGUGUAUAUUUGGUCACUUUUUUCAUUUUAAAUUAUUUAUAUAUACUAAUUGGUUGUAUUUUGAGAUAUUGUUGAUAAUAAUUGGCUGAUGUCUGAAAUGGCAAAAAUGGUUGGAUACUCCUUUCAAAUGUGUAGCCAAUGAAUCACAAGGAGGCGGAGCCCAUACAGUUAUUGUCUGAACAUCAGUAAAGUAGUUGAUAAAAGCUGCAGUGCAAAAGACUUGAACAUUUUUUUAAUCAAAUCCAUAAUUUUGCCCUUAACAGAUUGAUUAAACUUUUUAACUUUACUUCUAAACCUGUGGCAUUACAAGCGUUUCUUACUUUUAGAUAUAUAUAUAUUAUCAUCAGGCAUUAGUUUCCAUUUGCUUGUUUUUAAUCAUUUUGAUCAUAAGACACUUCAUCGCCCUUUAUAAUGGUUAUGAUAUGAGUGCAUCACCUGAGAAAUUAUGAAUUUGCACAAAGAGUGCUGAUAUCAUGAUGCACACAGCUCAGCUGACAUCUUUACAUUAGGAAUAUCUCUGCAUGUGCAAAUGAAUACACCUGAUUCAUGAACUUUUUUUUAAGAUUGUAUAAAGUUUUUUUUGAUGAACAACAAACCUCAAGCUCAGAUUGUUGUCGCAAUGAGGUUAUGUAGUGAAAUCACAUUUGCACUAAUCUCUAGUAAAAAAUAACAUUAAUAAUUGAGGAUUUAAAAUUACGAAUGAAUUUUACAUGCAGGCUUGUUGUGAUAGAUCCUUCACAAAAAUGUAUACCUCAGCUUCAUAAGAUCAUCAUGCUGUAGAGGGAGUCUUGCCUGAUGUAAUUUUUAUGCACAUUUUGCAACGACAACCCUUUUUGCUGCAGUUUUUGCCAACUAAUUAACUAAGCCUGCUGUCUUCGCUAGGAUCACAAGCUUAACAAAAUAGUAACAACAGUCCAAUUAUGCUUCUAUGCUGGUCCGUUUUAAUGCGUUUUCACAAACAAGUAGAUCUUGCAGUUUGAGUUGCACUUUUUCAGCAGUUACACCUUGUGCCUUUAAUGCCAAAGUUGCUCCACAUGACUGUUGCAACUGAUGCAUUUUUUGUUUGUUCUCAUCCUUACAUUUUACAUUAGGUAGUUCAAAACAAGAGUGAUCAAAAUCGUAUUGACAGUAGAGCAGUUCGAAUCUGUGAUCAAUUUGGAGAAAAAAACGUGUGGUUGGAGAAAAGGGCAUCGUUCAUUUUAACUGGGCAUAAUCAAAAUACUGUUUUAAAGCUUUUUAAGCAUGUAAAAUAAUUCUGUUUUCCCCAAAGAGUGUUAUCAUAUAAUUCAACAUUUUCUAAAACACAUUUUGAGUUUGUGCAGUGAAAAUAUACAUUGUGAUUUUUUUCAUGCUUGUUUUAAAUUAAAUUUUCUUGUAUUGUUGUUGUUGUUGUUGUUGUUGUUCAAUAAAAUGCAUCCGACCUUUA